GGGUGAGAAGGGCGGAAUAUACGGACAAAGCAUGAGGAAGAACGUAUCUGAUUUUAUGUUUGAAAUUUAUAUUUUGUAAUUUAUAAUGUAUUUUAAUAGUUUUAACUGUUUUAUGCACUGUUUUAUAUUGAUUUGUAUGGGCAUCGAAUUGUUGCCAUUAUUGUAAGCUGCCCUGAGUCCCUUCGGGUGAGAAGGGCGGGAUAUAAAUGUGAGAAAUAAAUAAAUAAAAUAAUAAAUAAAUACUGUAAAUAAAUAAAUAAACUUUCACACUUGCCUCAGGCAGACAAGAAUUCUUUCUCCCACUCUGGACAUUCCACAAAUAUAUAAAACCCAAUUACCUGGUUUCCAACACGCCUCACAACCUCUGAGGAUGCCUGCCAUAGAUGUGGGCGAAACGUCAGGAGAGAAUGCUUCUGGAACAUGGCCAUACAGCCCGGAAAACUCACAGCAACCCAGUCAUUCUGGCCAUGAAAGCCUUUGAUGUUUUCACAUGUGGUUCUGAUUUCUUUUUUCCUUGCAGGCUUCCUCACCAACGCUUCCGACCCACCAUGGCGAAGGACGAUGGGUGCUGCAACCUGUGUGCCACCUGCUUGCUGUGUUUCUACAGCUGUCGCUGGAGGCGCAGCGGGAAGGGCCUGGCCACCAGCAAAGGCUCUUCUCUCAGGGACGCUCACAUCAUGGGCUUGGCUGUCUUUGCGAUCCACUUGAACGAAGCCAAAGCGUCCAUCCCAGCCAUCGACCUCUGCUCUUCGCUGGACCCUUCCUGUGCUUCCACGAGAGGCCUUUCUGUAUCCGAACUCUGGGAUUACUUUUUGGAUUGCCAGGCAGGACAGUCUGCCACCUUCUGCAUGAAGUUUUGUGUUGUGGCACUUUCUUACUUUCUCUGCAAGUUUGGCUCCCUUCCCCAUGACUCCUUAUGCUCCGUGCUUCAUCCUGGUUUUGUGAAAAAGCUUCAGUACGUCGUGCCCCUUCUUUGCUCGGAAGCCCGAAAUACAAGCUGGGAAGGCAGCAUGGAUGAUGACCUUCCAUGGAAAACAUUAUCCCGCCCCAGCUUCUGCUACUCAAAAGCUGCCUUGUGCUUAUGGAAGCAUCCCCUUUUCAAAGAACUAUUGUGGGAAAAAGCCUUCCAGCUGACUCUCCAAGAAUGGCUUCUGAUGGAACUGGCAGUCUGUCCCGACGAAGACGUUCUUUCUGCCGUUGAGAGGCAGGACUUCCAUUACUGGGCUCUGUACCAGCACUUUCUUCCUCUGUCUGUCGCUGCUGGCGGCUGCGAGGGAGACCUAAGAGAGGCCUGCGCCGUUCUCCUUGACGCCGUCUUGGAUUUCGGACAGAGGGGCUCAGUGAUACACACAUCAAGGUCUGAGUUGGGAAAGUGUAACCAUCCAAAUAAUCCCAAACGUUCCACAUUCCAGAGGAGAGGGAACCCCGAUAUCUACGCCAGAUUGCAGGAGAUGCUGCUGGAGCUGGAGCUGGAGCGCAGGAGAGCCUGGCCUGUGUCCGGUGGCGGCAAAGAGGAGCUCCUCUUGUUCCGGGUUUUCCAGAAGAGGCUCAAAGGGUUGAAGAGCGGGGAAGAAAUGCACCGGCAGCAAGAACUGUUCCUUCAAACCAGGCAGGACACAGCAUUGUCAAAUACAUCUAUAAAAUUAUAUAUUAAAACAUAGUAAUAUAUAUUAUUAUUAUUUCGUGUCAGGAGCGACUUGAGAAACAGCAAGUCGCUUCUGGUGAGAGAGAAUUGGCCGUCUGCAAGGACGUUGCCCAGAGGACGCCUAGAUGUUUGAU